AGCCACGACCUUUCAAUUCUUACCCAAAAUUUCUGAGAUUUUCAAUUUCCUCUCUCCCAAAUCGCAAGAGUCCAAGAAACAAGAAAAAGAUGGCCCGUACCAAGCAGACUGCUCGUAAGUCCACCGGAGGCAAGGCUCCAAGGAAGCAAUUGGCUACCAAGGCUGCUCGCAAGUCGGCCCCGACCACCGGAGGUGUGAAGAAGCCCCACAGAUACCGCCCCGGAACUGUUGCCCUUCGUGAAAUCCGCAAGUACCAGAAGAGCACGGAGCUACUGAUCAGGAAGCUCCCGUUCCAGAGGCUGGUUCGUGAGAUUGCACAGGACUUUAAGACUGACCUGCGUUUCCAGAGCCAUGCUGUUUUGGCACUGCAGGAGGCGGCUGAGGCCUACCUUGUUGGGUUGUUUGAGGACACCAAUCUCUGUGCCAUUCAUGCCAAGCGCGUCACUAUUAUGCCCAAGGAUAUCCAGCUCGCCAGGAGAAUCAGGGGCGAGAGGGCUUAAGCAAAGGAAUAGAAGUUGCUCUGUGUAAAGGGGGGUCUUAGUGGGAUUUCAUUGAUUAAUCAAAUCAUGAAUUCAUGAUUAGGGGAAUGUUGUUGUUUUUAGGGUUUUUAUUUGGUCCUGGCUUAGUGUGUAAUCCUAACAACUUGAAGACUCGUUUGCUGUGGUUGCAAUUAUGAUUGUGUUGAACCUCUACUAUCUUUGAUUAAUGCAGUUGUUUAGUUACUUAAAUUG